GAGAAUUUGCAUGUUAGUCUUUAACAAUCACUAAUAUUCUUCAACAAUGUCACACACUUCUUCUUCCAAAAUUCAUAAGUACGAUGCUUUUUUGAGUUUUAGAGGUGAAGAUACACGUAGAACCUUUGUGAGUCAUCUCUAUAACGCUUUAAUACAAAGAAGAAUUGAUGUUUUUAAAGAUGAUGAACGUCUAGAAACUGGAAAAUCAAUUCAUGAUGAACUACCGAAAGCUAUUGAAGAGUCUAAAUUUGCUAUAGUGAUAUUUUCCGAAAGCUAUGCAUCGUCAACAUGGUGUUUAGACGAGCUUGCACACAUCAUAAAGUGUCGAAAGGAAUUGGGCCAAAUCGUAAUUCCUAUUUUUUAUAAUGUGAGUCCAUCAGAUGUAAGCCAUCAAAAUCCCCCUUUCAAUAAGUUUUUUUCCGAACAUGAGAAAAAUUACAAAGACGAUAUGGAGAAGAUUCAAAGAUGGAGGGAUGCAUUUGCAGUGUCUGGGAAAAUAUCAGGGUACCAUUUGCAAAAUUACAAGGAUGAAGCAGAUUGUAUCAAAAAGGUUGUUUACAAACUAAUGUCAUUAUUACAUAUUGAAUACCAUGAGGAUGACAACAAUGACGACGACGUUUGUUCCGGUGGAACACGGGGCAUGGGCGCUAAAUCUCCAAUUCUUAUUGAUGGAGGGAAAAUGAGUUAUUCGCUGGAUAAGAAGACGGGAAAGAAAUGUUUUAUGGUAGCAGCAAGGGGACUUGAGAUUGAAUGGGGUGGUACAGCAGAGUAUUGGGAAUGGAUAUCUCAUCCGGACUCAAGAUUCUCGGAAGUGGCUAAACUCAAGAGGGUCUGUUGGCUUGAUAUUCGAGGCAAAAUUGAAACUCGAAGACUGUCAAAAAGAACCAAAUAUGUUGCUUAUCUAGUGUUCAAAUUGGAAAAUAAAUUCCAUGGCCUUGAAACUGUUAAUGCAGUUGUUAGAUUUGUUGAUUCUAUGAGUGUAAAAGAAGCAGAGAGACGAGCUAGUGUUGUGCAUUUUUCAGGACAAGGACCUAGAGAGACACUACCCUUCAAAAGAGGUGAUGGAUGGAUGGAAUUAAAAAUGGGAGACUUUUUCAAUGAUGCGGGAGAAGAUGGAGAUGUUGAUGCACGAUUAAUGGAGACUGAGCAUCUCGAAGCAAAAGGUGGCCUCAUUGUUCAAGUAGUGGAGUUUCGACCCGAAUGAAGAACAUAAGAAUAUUCCUUUUUUUGUUUUGGUUUCAUUUGGAUUGAUUCAAGUACUUUUAUAUAUGGCCCUUCUAUAGGAAUGCAUUGAUCGAGAGAAUAGAAUUUGGUUAGAUAAUGUGUGAUUGGUAGUAAAGCCGAUUUUUUAAAUAUUUUAAUAUGAUCCUACAAGAUUUAGUUUCGUUCAAAUGUCGAGAUUAUCUACAU